AUGCUGUUUUAUUAUGAUAGAGUGCAGGACGGGAGAGGGGGGAGGAAGCAUGAUGGGGGGUGGCCUUUGCUUGGUGGGUUGCCGGAGGAUUCGGACGAGGCGGCGGAGGUGGUGUUGAGGCAGGCGCCUGUUAUCGAUGGACACAUCGACCUCCCGAUCCUCGUUCGCGCUCUGUACCACAACAACGUCACCGCCGUCGACCUCGAACACGAGACCCCUGGCCACGUCGAUAUCCCCCGCUUGCGCAAGGGAAGAGUCGGCGGGUUCUUCUGGUCUGUGUAUGUGGGAUGCCCGUCGGGUGAUGGACCGGACUUUGUGCUCCCUACGUGGAGGGUUCGGGAUACGCUUGAGCAGAUUGAUGUGGCGAGACUGUUGAUUGAUAAAUACCAUGACACGUUCGAGCUCGCGACGACGUCUUUCGAGAUUGAGGACAUCAUCCGCCGUGGAAAGAUUGCGUCGCUUAUCGGUGUCGAAGGCGGCCACCAACUCGGAAACUCCAUCGGCGUCCUCCGCCAAUACCACGCCCUCGGCGCACGCUACAUGACCCUCACCCAUUCCUGCCACAACGCCUUCGCGGACUCUUGUGGGAUCUUCGUCCCCCUCGAACCGUUGCAUGGCGGUCUAUCUCCCCUCGGCCACGCCCUCAUCCACGAAAUGAACCGCCUCGGCAUGCUCGUCGACCUCUCCCACACAUCCGACUCCACCGCUCUCCAGGCUCUCUCCCUCUCCCGCGCGCCCGUCAUAUGGAGCCAUAGCAGUGCGAGGGGUGUGUGGGACGUGCCGAGGAAUGUGCCGGACUUUGUGUUGGAGAAGAUUGGGGAGGGAGAGGGGAAGAAGGACGCGGUCGUUAUGAUCAACUUUUCGCCCGGCUUCGUCGCCGCGCCCGGGGAGGCGAACGUGAAGAAGGUGGCGGAUCAUGUGGAAAGGGUGGCGAAUGCGACGGGGAGUCGGAGGCACGUCGGGCUCGGAAGCGAUUAUGAUGGGAUAGAGAGUACGCCAGAAGGGUUGGAGGACGUGUCCAAGUAUCCUGCUUUGAUCGCAGAACUCCACUCCCGCGGCUGGAACAAAUACGACCUCGCGGGUCUCACAGGCGGUAACCUCCUACGCAUCAUGCGCGGCGCGGAGGCGGUGGCGAGGGAUAUGAGGGAGGAGCGGGUGAGGCCUGUGGUGGAUGUUUAUGGGAAGAGGGAGGAUUUGUAG